UUGCAACUGUUCUUGUAGAAAGCGAGACUGUUGCCCUCGCUGUCGGGUCAAUCCCUUCACAAGGCGUGUAUAAGUGAGAUGUUUUCUCAUUCCAUUGGUCUCCUGUUUUCAGACCUAUGAUUUUAGUGCCUCAAUCACGAGCCCAGGCUUGCCUGGGUGGGGUGCGUAUACAAGCAAUAAUCUCGCCGCUUCUGUUCUCUGGUCCGAGAUGGAGCUCGGAGCAAAUUACUCCUUCUCUGCUGCUGGAUCUGAUGCAGAGUUUGCUGCAUACAUUGUCCCAAGUCCAAUUGAUCUGCCCACAACUGUCAGUGCACACUGGAUGACAGAUGCAGUUGGUAUGAAUCCGACUUGUGAAUGGGCUUCGACGAAUAUUUCGUCGACAACACAGCUCGAAGGGAACCAAAGUGAUUUUUCUUCGACCGCUGGUAUCUACCUUCAGAACCUGGGCCUGGAUGUCUCAAUUACAUCGAUCAACUAUGGCUUGAGUAUGUUGAACAUCAUCGUGAUGGACCCUUUAUAUGCCGUUUUCAAUCAUUCUACUCAAGGACCGCCAACAGACGGUUCGACCGUAUUUGCUGUUUCCCAGUGUUACACUGGCUGCGAGAACCUCACAUUAUUGAACCCAGUUCUCCUAAACUGGACAAACAUCCCAACAUUCAUUUUGGACGUCAAUGCAACCACAUAUUCCCAAGCUCAAACUUGGCAGUUUGCGUUUCUUGCAUGCAGACCUAAUGCUGUGAUUCAGACUCGUGAGGUACUCAGCAACGGGACUGGGUUCCUGGAAGUCCUUCCUAUUCGACAAGGCAAACAAUACAUCUCGCAGGGCAAUUUACAUCCCACUCAAACGCCCCUCAUGCUAUCCAUCGCGUUGAGCGGUAUUACUUUUGAUGCCGGCCCGAUGAAUCAAUCGACUACACCUGCGGGAAGCUAUUCUACGGUUCAAAACGACUUCCUUUUCGGACAGGAACAGAUAGACAACUUGACUCAGCCGAGCUUCGAUGCCCCAUCCGUAGUUUUGACCAUACUUCCGACUGAUAUCCUGGCACGGACGUUCGCUGGAAUGUUGCAAUCUGUGUCAAAGACUUAUAUGGAUGGCUCUCUUGGGACCGCAUAUGUUCCUGCGAAGGUGUUCAGUCCUCAAGUUGUUUUUGUCUCUUCCAUGCCUUUUAUCAUAGCUUCUGCAGUGAUGUUCGGAAUACUUUUCAUUCUGACCAUCAUCAUGCACUUCAGGCGUCAUGAGAAAGCCUUCACGCUAGUCAGCGUCUCAGCUGCCCUUCGUGGUUCCAAUCUUCCAAAACACUUUGCGCUCGCGGAAAAAUCGCCGGCUUUGGUGGCUGGUGGCGAUCAAAGAGUUGUUCUCCAGAAGGCUGAGGACGGUACGGAUGUCUUGCAGAUUGUCAGAGAGUAGGGAAGGAGUGAUGGCGUAGGCCAUCGUUUGAAGUUUGAAGGUUGUGGUAGACUACUUACACGAAGGACUUUCCAUGGCCCAUUAACCACAACAUUCUCGUCGAGUGCCGAUAUGUAUCCUAUUCGAUGGUUUCCUCCGCCCGUCAUUCGCUAGUAUAGUAGCCUCCACUCAAUCAUGAUUAAUGACAACUGUACAUCUUCGGGUAUCUUCUGAACUAAGUGCUAAUUCAG